GCCUUUUUGUUUUCAGGAAAAUGUUUAUGUAUGGCCGGUUAUCUGGCUGACCAGCAGUACCCACACCUAUGUGUUCGCAAUGAGUGGCCGGGGCAAAACAGAUUGUCGCCCCACGAUUUAAUCGGAAAGGCCUACAACUUGCGAACGAGUCAGCAAUCCGUGAGCAGGGUCUUCAGAUACACAAGUGGAGACACAAGGCACAGUAUGCACCGUGUGGUGAAACCUGAACAGCUGAGCGUACACGCUUCAAACAGGUGUCUACCCCCGGUUGUCAACACAGCGGACAGCGUGCCUUCCUUACGGAAAAACCUUCUAGAUGCCCUUUCCUUUACGGAUGAAGAUGACUUUGUUGGUUCCUUCGGACCACUCUAUGAUGGAGAUGGUGUUACAGAAAACGGAGACUGCAAAAUCGACUUUAUCGAAGGGUUCACGGGAUGCCAGCGGUGUCCAUCUUGGCUGAAGCUGACCAGUGAUGGCUCCGGCUGUUAUGACCAUACCAGGGAUGUUGACUGCUCGGAUGGUUACGAUGGAGGGUGUGAUCACACGUGCAUUCGUGUCAACACAUCUCGUGGUAACUACACACGUGUCAGCAUGGCUUGCAGCUGCAGGGAAGGAUACCGGUUAGCUGGAGAUGGUCGCACGUGUCUGUUCUCUCCGGUGUGUAACGGCACGGGGCGAGCAGAGGGCGGCUGUAACCCCGCCAACAUCCCGUCAGGAGGCCGCUGUGAGACGACCGAGGAGGGCCACGGGACGUGUGUGUGUAACCCUACAUGCUGCAGGAACCUACAAGUUUGUAAAAGCCAGGGUGAAUGUGAGCUGAAACAAUGUGUGCCGAACCCUACACACGGGGACCCUGAUAGUUCCCUGCCCGGCGAACACCAGACCUACCCGCUGGGCUUCAGACAGAUGCAGCACGGUUAUAACCAGAGAACCAAGACCAUAACCAAUGCCUCGAUUUUCCAGCUAACUUACAGCACCAGCUAUUCCCUGUCUCCGCUACUUGUACCAGACGAAGUGGAGGUUACAGAGGCAGUGCGUACGGGCUGUCAAAACUACACCGGACCUGUGACACAUGGCCUCCAACAGCAGGAAAACUCUCCAAACGUGAGGUCCGGUCAACCUUACAUCAAGACGUUCACACCUGAAUACUUAAGACAGGAGGGCAGGAUGAAGGACCAGGGUUUCCUGUUCCGCCAAGAACUCUCUGUCUACAGUGAGCAGUAUCGAGUCUACUUAAGACAUAAGACGCUGACAACAGAUAUAAAAGCUGCUCUAGGCAGACUGACUGCCGCCAGUCCCAGAUCUGACUUCAUACACGUCAUGGAGAAGUACGGAACCCACUACAUCAGUCAAGCCGUGUUCGGAUACAGGAGGGAGUGCGCCGUGUACUACAAGUCAGUAGGGGUGGCACAAUGGCUCUGGAGAACUUUUACAGCAUCAGAAGGAAGCCAGUCCUUUGACGCCUUCAUCGACAGUUUCUUGAGAGCUGAGCAGCAUGACGUCACGCCGUCUGAGCGCGAACUGCCUAUCGGGAUAGGGCAAGUCCCGGAUGUUGAGGAGGAUGGAAACCUCCGCCAUGAUAGGGUCCGGAUGGUACUCCGGUCUUGGGGGAGAUGUGCGAUGGGAGGAUGUUGUGAGGCCAAGCCGGAUACUGUGAUGGCUGAGCCUGCUCUCCUGUUCAUCAGCACACCGACACCGCUGUAUGAGCUACUGACGGACAAACACACAAAAGAGGUUUUUCAGAGAGCCUUCCUGAGUUACCUGUGGUGUAACGGGGAGGGAGAGGUGGUGGGGGACACGUGUAGGUGUGACUUCCACCCUGCCUACCCCGGCCACACACUGGUCUGCGCACCGCCGCCAAAACCAAGUUUGUACCAGCCUAUCACAGACCAGCCCAGUGACGUCGCACUUGCGGUUGCUUGGCAACACGUUGGUCUGGAGAUCGGUACUCACGUGACAGACUAUCAGUUUAUUGUCAGAGAGGUCCGAUCUGAAGACAAUGGUUUCCAUGGUGACGACUUUACCAACCAUCCAGAGCUAGUUCUAUCCGUGCUGGAUGAUGCGGUGUUUAACAGAGCCAACAGCUGCUAUGGCCGCGGCCUGACACAUCGGGGAUCUCUGUGGACCUUCUCACUUCUCCUGGCGUGCCUCAAACCGGACACAUCCUACAGGAUCAGUGCUCGUGUGUUGACACGUGACGGGGCGGUGUCGCCACCAGAUGUUCUGGUCCUGAGGACAGAGUGUCAGACGCCUCAUCCGAACCAUGAACCCGCCGGUGUCGCUGAUGCAUUAUACAACCUGUACGCUGGCUACACAUCCCCGCUUGCUCAGGACAUGGCCUUCCGAAUCCUCACCUCCCUCAACACCAUCGGGCUGUACGACGUCGCCAAGACGUAUGAGGAAAAGUACGACGAUUUCCUGUCAAGAACACAGGAAGAACUUGGGUUAACAAGAACGCUUCUGAUCAGGGCCAGUCUCACGGCGUUAUCACAAAGGUGUAAAAUGGAGGCAAAGUUGAGAAAAGUCGUACAAAAAGUACGCAGACGCUAUACAUGCUCCUUUGAAGGGAUGGAUACGAGAAAGGGGAUACAAGAGGCCAUGCUGACGGAAAUGGAACGGUCUUGCGUGAUGUACGAAGAAAAGUACGUUUCAUACGAUUGGAUGAAAGUCCCUGUCUGAAAGAUAUGUUAAAUCAAAUUUCGAUGUACGAUAUAUUUCAAUAUCUUUUUAUAUCAUAAAGCAUAUCAGUUCACUUGUACAUUAUAUAUACCAUAAGAUAUGGCUGACAGCUGAUUGUGAAAUGUAGUUGGUAUACAGCAAUUUUGUAUUUCAUCAUUGUUUAUUUUUGUUGGUACCAAAUCUGCGUCACACACAGACACA